CGUCAACUCAUAUCAUCAGCGCAGUUUGUUGCUGUUUGUAUGCAGCUACCUGUACAAUGCCUAAUAUUGUCCACCCGGUCAUCCUGCUGAUGGCCUUGCUGGUGAUAACAGCAGGGAAUCAAGCGUCACUACCCAAGACUACACCGUGGCCACGACUGAAACCCACUAAGAAGCCUCUGCCUCGAGAUGAAGGGGGUCCUCCACAGCCACCUGGCCCCAUAGGGUCCCAUCCGAUAACCACCACUGUAAGCCCCACCGCCAGUGGCAUCACAGAGGAAGUCACAGACUCCAUGAUGGACGCUUACUCUACUUCUCCCACUGAUAGCACCACCUACUCCAGUGAUGCUUAUUCUGCUGACUACCACACGGAGGCCAUGGUUCCUCCUGGGGUUGGCCCUGGAAACUACACAUUGGACUACAAUGAGUGCUUUUUCAACUUCUGUGAAUGUUGUCCACCAGAGAGAGGUCCUCCAGGACUAGUGGGAGAAAAGGGAUUGCCGGGUAUUCCGGGGGAAAAGGGGGAGAUGGGACCUCCUGGACCUCCAGGUCAGGAUGGACUCACUGGUGCUCCAGGGCCGCAUGGAGGAAAAGGAGAGAAAGGUGAUCCUGGAGUGAGUGGGCUACCUGGGAUUCCUGGUGUUACCGGGAAACAAGGAGAGAAAGGUGAAAUGGGCCUCAAAGGAGACAAAGGAGAUACAGGUUUAACUGGGCUGAAAGGAGACCCAGGGGACAGGGGAGAGCCCGGCUGGAAUGGAACAAAGGGAGAGGCGGGCGAGCCUGGCAUACAAGGACCAGCUGGCCCCCCUGGACCAGAUGGCAUCAAGGGGGAGAAGGGGGACAAAGGAGACUGUCCAUUUGGAGAGAAAGGACAGAAAGGCAGUAUGGGGGAACCAGGGCCUCAAGGGGCAAAAGGAGACAUGGGUGUGCCAGGUCUGAAUGGCACAGAUGGGCAUCCUGGGGCUAAGGGGCCGAAGGGAGACCCAGGACCCCUAGGUAAGCAGGGAGAGCCUGGUCCUCCAGGACCCCAUGGCCCACCAGGGCAGAGGGGGAUGCCAGGGAUGAAAGGCACACGAGGCCUGAAGGGAGCACGAGGUGUUAGGGGAUUCAAGGGACUAAAAGGUGAACCUGCCGUUCAGAAGCGCUCAGCCUUCAGCGUUGGUCUCUUUCCCAGCCGAUCGUUCCCACCACCUGGCCUGCCGAUCAAGUUUGACAAAAUCAUUUACAAUGAGGAGGGUCACUGGGACCCCCACGCUAGUAAGUUCAACUGCACUCAUGGGGGAGUUUACGUCUUUUCCUACUACAUAACAGUGCGUAAUCGCCCCCUGCGUGCAGCCCUGGUGGUGAAUGGCAUUCGGAAACUGCGAACUCGCGACUCCCUUUACGGCCAGGACAUUGACCAGGCCUCCAACAUGGCAGUGCUCCGUCUAUCAUCUGGAGACCAGGUCUGGCUGGAGACUCUGCGGGACUGGAACGGUGUUUAUUCCAGUAGCGAGGACGACAGCACAUUCUCUGGAUUCCUGCUCUAUGCUGAUGCCACCAAAGACUGAUGGCCAGGUAUUGCUCUGACCUCUGGAAGAACCAUUUUAGACCAGUACUUAAUUUUGUAGGGGUGAAGCGAAAGCCACCUAUAUUACCCAACAUUCUUUAGAACUGUCUACUAACAGUAACUGUACAGCCACUAAAUAUUAUGUUACCUGUUUCAUCGCCAGAAAAAUCAAUGCUGGAUUGAGCUUUUUUUUCUUUUUUCUUUUUAUGAGCUGAUGAUUUGUGUAAGCUAUGUUGUAGCUCUUUACAUAUUUAUACAAAAUAGCCAGCAGCUUACACAAUAAAAUAACAAUGCUUUAUAUCGGUCCUGCAUUCUUAACCAUGCUGUGAUU